GUCCUUUCUCACAACUUGUGCACUGUGCUAAAUGUUCCCCAUGAUCCAGUGGCCUUGGAAGAGCACUUUAGGGAUGAUGAUGAAGGACCAGUUUCCAAUCAGGGUUACAUGCCUUAUCUAAACAAAUUCAUCUUGGAAAAGAUUCAAGGAAACUUUGACAAAGUUGAAUUCAACAGGAUGUGCUGGACUCUCUGUGCUAAAAAGAACCUCUCUAAAAGUCCUUUGCUGAUUAGUGAUGAAGACGCAUUUAAAGUGUGGGUUAUUUUCAACUUCUUAUCGGAGGACAAAUACCCUUUAAUCAUUGUACCUGAGGAGAUUGAAUAUUUACUUAAAAAACUCACCGAAGCAAUGGGAGCUGGCUGGCAGCAAGAGCAGUUUGACCAUUAUAAGAUUGCUCUUAACACCAGUCGAGAAGGUCUUUCUGCAUGGGAGCUGAUUGAUCUCAUCGGAAGUGGGCAGUUCAGUAAAGGGAUGGACCGACAGACUGUGUCCAUGGCAAUCAAUGAAGUCUUUAAUGAGCUCAUAUUAGAUGUACUCAAACAGGGCUAUAUGUUGAAAAAAGGUCACAAAAGGAAAAACUGGACGGAACGAUGGUUUGUGCUAAAACCCAAUAUUAUUUCCUACUAUGUAAGUGAAGAUUUAAAGGACAAGAAGGGAGACAUCAUACUGGAUGGAAACUGUUGCGUAGAGGCCUUGCCGGACAAAGAUGGAAAGAAAUGCCUUUUUCUCAUAAAAUGUCUUGAUAAAAGCUUUGAGAUCAGUGCCUCUGAUAAAAAGAAGAAGCAGGAGUGGAUUCAAGCCAUACAGACCACUGUAAACCUGCUGAGAGCGGGGAGCCCUCCACCCCACAAAGAAGCACGCCAAAAACGAAAAGAAUUGCGCCAGAAGCUGUUAGCUGAGCAAGAAGAGCUGGAGCGGCAGAUGAAAGAACUGCAAACGGCCAACGAGAACAAGCAGAAGGAACUGGAGACCGUGCGAAAGCAACUGGAAGCAGCAGCUGCUCGUGCUGCUGAGGAAGAAAAGAAAAGGCUUCAGACUCAAGUCGAAUUACAAGAUCGCUUCAGUUUGGAGCUGGAGAGAGAAAAAAUGGUAAGACAAAAAAUGGAAGAGCAGGUUGCUCAGAAAUCAUCUGAACUGGAACAGUAUUUACAGAGAGUACGUGAACUGGAAGAAAUGUAUAAACAGCUACAAGACGCUUUGGAGGAUGAGAAACAGGCACGUCAAGAUGAAGAGACUGUAAGGAAACUUCAAGCCAGAUUACUGGAAGAGGAGUCAGCAAAGAGAGCUGAACUGGAAAAAUGGCACUUGCAGCAGCAACAGACCAUUCAGAUGACAGAGGCAGAGAAGCAAGAGCUAGAAAACCAGAGAAUGAUAAAGGAACAGGCUCUUCAAGUUGCUAUGCAGCAACUGGAACAACUCGAACUGGAAAGAAAGGAGGCCCUUGAGCAAUACGAGGAGGUUAAGAAGAAGUUGGAAACAGCAGCUAAUAACACCAAGAGUUGGAAAGAUAAAGUAGCUCAUCAUGAGGGAUUAAUUCGACUAAUAGAGCCAGGCUCCAAGAAUCCUCACUUAAUCACAAACUGGGGGCCAGCUGCUUUCACUGAAGCUGAACUCGAGCAAAGACAAAAGAGCUGGAAAGGGAAAAAAGCCACUUCUGAGGAACGACAGUAGCUGACGUACUG